AUGCUGGAGGUGAUCGGGGACAUGGCGGCCCCUCUGGCAGAGAUCAGUGCACCAGGGAAAGCCUGCAGGGGGAAAAAGGCGCUUUUGGGAACAGGGAGACCUCAAGCCAGGCUCAGUAAUGGAGGUCCCGAAAGGCAGCGAAUGACACGCAUGUGUUACUACGUCUCUCAUCAUCCGGUCAGCUUUGUGAAAGUGGUGCACGCAUUUUCAGAUUUGUUUGCUUUAGUUGGAGGUUCCUGGCCCAGUGAUUUCAUCCCGGACAGAAGCGGGGACUAG